AUGGAUUUUAUGUUGCUUGCCAUAUUUUCUUUAUAUUUGGGGUUCACGGAAAGCCUUUUUUUCCAUAUGAAAGAAACUGAAGAACGGUGUUUCCUGGAGGAUGUUCCAGAGGAUACGCUUGUAGCUGGUAUCAGCAAGGGCAAACAUUUUGAACGUUCGAAGGACUUGGGGGUCAAAGUAAGGGUUAUCGAUCCAAACGAUCAAGUUCUGCUUGACCGUGUUUAUUCUUCUGAAGGUCGUUUCGUUUUUACUGCUCACAGACCUGGCGAAUAUAAAAUGUGUAUAUCAUCUGAUUCAAAUGCAUGGUUUGGGGGGUCACAACUGAGAGUACAUCUUGAUAUUGCAGUUGGAGAUCAUGCUCUAAAUUAUCAGGAGAUAGCUUCAAAAGACAGAUUAAAUGAACUGCAGCUUCGAGUUCGUCAGCUAUUAGAUCAAGUCCAAUCUAUAGCUAAAGAUCAAAAUUACCAGCGCGUUAGGGAGGAACGUUUCCGUAAAUUGAGUGAAAGCACAAACAAACGUGUGACUUGGUGGAGCGUUGGACAGUUGGUUCUGCUGGUCUGCAUUGGUUUUUGGCAAAUGCGUCACUUACGAGCUUUCUUUCAAGCUAAGAAACUGGUCUGA